AUGGGAUCUCGAAGCGUCCAGCUCCUGGCCGUGCUCCUCGUCCUGGGGGACAAGUGGCUGUGUUCCCUGGUGGCGGCCCAGAAACCUUCCCCCUGCCAGUGCUCACGGAUCGCAGUCCAGAACAGGAAGAACUGUGGCUUCCCGGGCAUCACCCCUGAGACGUGCUUCGGCAUGGGAUGCUGCUUUGACUCCACAGUCCCCAAUGUCCCCUGGUGUUUCCACUCCCUUCCAAAGCAAGAGGCGGAGCAGUGUGUCAUGGAAGUGUCCGCCCGUAGGAACUGCGGGUACCCGGGCAUCAGCCCUCAGGAGUGCGCGUCCCGCAAGUGCUGCUUUUCCGACACUAUCGUCAACGUGCCCUGGUGUUUCUUCCCAAUGUCUGUGGAAGAACAUCAGGGUGAGCCACAGAGCGCAGCAGAGACCUAA